AUGUCAAGUUCAGAUUCAGAGGCGUCCUUGAAUGAUAAUAAUGAUGAUGAAAGCGAUCAACAAGAAGAGCAACCUGUGGAACUGAACAAGAAUUCGGAAUGGUUAAUGAAACUGAUCCAGUCAGUUCAACCAUCGGAGGCCGGACUAGGCAUAGCGCCACUAUCUGUUCUCAAAGAGGUUCAAUCUGAACUUGUCCAAUUGAAAGCGGUCACUUCAGAUAAAGAGAAGCUAAGCGAUGAAACGCGCAAACAACUGCGACAUCGUUUUCUCCAACCAUGGACUGAACUAACGACGACAUGUGUUAGUAUUACUCUUAUUGAUCAAGCUUCCAUUUGUGAAUGUUUCGACACUGUCUCGUCGAUAUAUGCUAUUGCAAUCCCAGUUUUUCGUGACCUUUUUAAAGGAUAUAAGGCCGGAGAUUCUCAAAGCAGAUUAUUAGCUGGCUUGGCCAUGCUCGAUUUGCCACACAUUCCUGUCUUUCUAAAUGCAGAUGGUGAAUCGCCGGGUGAACUCAUGAAUUAUGCCAAGGUUUAUCGUAUUUUGUCUAUCGCUUGUCCAACCAGCCCCUUGAUCUCGUCGGACGCCAUCGCCACACUUCACAAUCGAGUCAAACUGUUUGUAAUAUUGAAAAAUCGUGUCGAUCAAAGAAUAGCAUCGACAAAUGAAAACUCGAUGGGAACCAACACCACCCGCAUCCUUUCCUUUUUUUGGAAUUUGAGUGAUCGAACCAUUGUCGUUCCAAUACUGAUAGAGGCCGGUCUACAUAAGAGUGCCAUAAGUUGGCUAUCACAAUCGGACAAAGUAUCAAAUAAACAGUGUAGAGCAUUUAUCGCCACUUUAUACAAUUUAGCAAGACACGACGACGGAGCCGACGAACUCAACAGACAUGAGGCGAUUGAGGCAAUCAAACGCUUUCAAUCCACGGAUAGAGUGAAGACGAAUACAAAAUUAUCACUCUUGUCCUCGAUGGCGUUGGCUCUUCUCUCCACACCCGAACAACUUAAAAGUGACCAGAAGGGCAUGAACGGUGUGCUCAAUCAACUUCUUCAAUUGACAAUAGGCGCCGCAAAAGGCUCUCGUCAUCGGUGCGGUGGUAUUCACGUCAGUGAACCUCUAGCUGUAUUGGCCAAAUUAUUCGUUGUCGAAGAGCGUACAAUCGACUACAUUCUGUGUCAUGCUGAAACUAAACCUCCGUCGGAUAUGUCAUCGACCAUACGCCUAUUUGCUUCGCUCCUCCUGACUUUCCGUAGUGCACUCGACGGCAAUGAUCCACUCAAGCAAUUCACUUUGAUUGCAGUGCUCAAUAUUCUUUGGAGUAUCUCAUUUCAGGCACAAUAUUCCCGAGAGCUGAUCGCCAGUAAUGAUGAAUUAAUAUCUAUUGUCAAAAGUCUGGCCGAAAGUGACGACAAAAAGACUAUUAAUCAAUACAAGCCACGAUCAAUGGAAGGUAUAAAGGAAGCUGCUCGUGGUAUUCUUCUCAAUCUUGAUAUAGACAUCAAUGAUAGCAGCAAAACAAAAGAAGAAAUACAGAAGGACAAGAGUAACGCAUUGACUGCAUUGUCAUUGCGCAGCUAUUCGCACAGGAAUAAAGAAUUUUGUGUAAAAGUCCUUGAACUUCUGUCUACUCGGAAUGAUGUAUUCGAUAUAUGGAUUGAUCAAACUCAUUGUCAAUCCGUCGGCGAUCUUUGGGAAUCGAUUGCUGAUGGAAUGGAACAAGCUCAGAUUAUUGUGUGUCUUAUAUCGAAGCACUACUAUGAGAGUAAAUCAUGCCGUCAAGAAUUCCAGUAUGCUACAGACACGUUACACAAGUCGAUUGUUCCCGCUUUUUUAGAAGACUUUGAACCUAGAAGCUGGCUUGGCAUUCGGAUUUCGGGCGUCAAAUACAUUCGCUUUCGAAAUCUUGCUCAACCAGACAAGGCCAAAAUGGCCGAUCUCUUAGACACAAUUCUUGCAUCGUUUGCGGCAUCAUCAUCAUCCUCUCCUGAAGUAUUAUCCGCUGUCCAGCACUCUUCCAAGCAACACCAAAGCUACGAGCCAGAAAUAACACAUGAUAAAAAUUCUACCAUUGAUUCUCUUCGACUACCAAACGAACAGUGGUCAACGGCGACAAUUGACGAUAUCAACAAUUGGUUUAUCUAUCAUCACAUUUCAUCACAAAUUCGUAAUUUGUACAAUUUUCAAACGGGUCAAGAUAUGCUUCACUAUGCUCAAAUGCUCGUCGAUGAUUAUGAACAACAAUUUCAAAUCUACUCAAAAGCAUUCAGAAAAAAAACCAAUGACGAUGAAUUACUUCCACAUGAAUUUGAUCGAUUUAAACGAGCGAUGGAAAAAUUGCUGAAAGAUAAUACUAUAUCUCUUCCUUCUUCGAUGUCCACUAAGUACGAAAGAGUGUCCACAAAGAAUCCAGCUACAUCAAAGUCAAGCACUUGUUGCAUAUUGUAG